AUGAAAGUUGAUACCCCCGAUUCUGCUUCCACCAUCAGCAUGACCAACACUAUCACCAUCACCGUUGAGCAGGACGGUAUCUAUGAGAUCAACGGUGCCCGUCAAGAGCCCGUGGUCAACUUGAACAUGGUCACUGGUGCUAGCAAGCUGCGCAAGCAGCUUCGCGAGUCUGAUGAGUUGAUCGUGUGCCCUGGUGUCUACGACGGUCUGUCCGCUCGCAUUGCCAUCAACAUGGGCUUCAAGGGCAUGUACAUGACCGGCGCCGGCACUACCGCAUCUAGACUGGGCAUGGCCGAUCUGGGUCUAGCCCACAUCUACGACAUGAAGACCAACGCAGAGAUGAUCGCGAACCUGGACCCCUACGGUCCUCCCCUGAUCGCUGACAUGGACACUGGCUACGGAGGCCCCCUUAUGGUCGCUCGCUCCGUUCAACAAUACAUUCAAGCCGGCGUUGCGGGAUUCCAUAUCGAAGACCAGAUCCAAAACAAGCGAUGCGGUCACUUGGCAGGCAAGCGCGUCGUCAGCAUGGAGGAAUACUUGACUCGCCUCCGCGCCGCCAAGCUCACCAAGGACCGCCUCCGCAGCGACAUCGUGCUGAUUGCCCGCACUGACGCCCUCCAGCAGCACGGCUACGACGAGUGCAUUCGUCGCCUUAAGGCCGCCCGCGAUCUUGGCGCCGAUGUUGGUCUCCUUGAGGGCUUCACCAGUAAGGAGAUGGCGAGGCGGUGUGUGCAGGACCUUGCGCCUUGGCCGCUUCUGCUUAACAUGGUGGAGAACGGGGCUGGGCCGGUUAUUUCCGUUGAUGAGGCUAAGGAGAUGGGCUUCCGUAUCAUGAUCUUCUCGUUCGCUUGCAUUACCCCGGCCUACAUGGGCAUUACCGCUGCUCUGGAGAGGCUGAAGAAGGAUGGUGUCGUUGGGUUGCCGGAGGGCAUGGGGCCGAAGAAGUUGUUCGAGGUUUGUGGGUUGAUGGAUUCGGUGAGGGUUGAUACUGAGGCUGGUGGUGAUGGGUUUGCUAAUGGUGUUUAA